GUGAGAACGUGAGGACAAUUAAAUUUAAUUGAUGCAGCUAGCCCUCUUCAAAGUGAAAUAUUCUUAUUUCAUGACCAUGCAAUUGUAUUAUUAUUAGGAAUUUUUUCCUUAGUGGCUAUUUUAGGAGUUAAACUUACAUUUAAUAAGUUUACUUCUCAUACUAUGUUAGAAGCUCAAAGACUAGAAACUAUUUGAACAAUUAUUCCUGCUUUACUUCUUUUAUGAUUAGCCCUUCCUUCAUUACGAUUACUUUACUUAUUAGAUGAGCAAUCUAAUUCCGGGAUCGUGUUAAAAAGGACAGGUCAUCAGUGAUAUUGAAGAUAUGAAAUUCCAUUUACUCAAUCACUAUCAUUUGAUUCUUAUAUAGUUCCAGAAAGGGAUUUAAAUCAUGGAGAUUUUCGAUUAUUGGAAGUAGAUAAUCGAGCUACUGUGCCGUUUCAAAUAGAAACGUCUGUUAUUACAACUUCUGCGGAUGUUCUACAUGCUUGAACUUUACCUUCUAUGGGGGUAAAAAUAGAUGCUGUUCCUGGACGGUUAAAUUCAAUAAGAAUGUUUGUUGAGAAGCCAGGGGUUUAUUACGGACAGUGUUCAGAAAUUUGUGGAGCUAAUCACUCUUUUAUGCCUAUUGUGGUAGAAGCAGUAAGAUUAAAAGACUUUGUUAACUAUCUUGAAGGAGCUGAGUAA